AUUAAAGGUUCACGAACAAUGCAAAUAACUGGUUUAUAUAAAGGACGGGCAAUUAUUAUAAAAGACUCUUACAGUGUUAUAAAUAAGAAGCUUAAACUAUUUCCUGCUAUGUUUAACUUACAAACAGGACCGAAAGAAGUAUUUCCAUAUAACUACUACAGCAGUGUUUUGUUAGCAAAUGACAACAGAACUGGUGUCAUUUCUGAAGCAUGUAAGUUUAUCCAUGAUGCAGAUACAUUCAUGAAAAACAUAGAUUCCAUCAAAGGUUGCAGAAUAGAUGAAAACCACUUCGACUUAGAAAAAUAUAGCACGUUUUACUGCAAACAAGAUGUAAGAAUUUUAAGAGAAGGUUUUGUAAAGUUCCGCAAUGACUUAUUGAAAGAGUUUGAUUUAAACGUUUAUGACUACGUUAGUAUUUGUUCUAUUGCUAACAAAUUGUUUGAGAACAGAGUAUACUUCCCGAAUGGAAAUCUUUAUGACCUCUCAAAUAAACCAAGAGAAUUUAUUUCGAGAUGCAUUCAAGGUGGAAGAUGUAUGUUGUCAGAUAACAUGAAACAAAAGAGCAAAAAGAAACUCAUUGCUGACUUCGACACUGUUUCAUUAUAUCCUUCAGCUAUAGCAAGACUUUAUACUUUAGAAGGUAUUCCAAAAGUAUUGAAGGAAGAAAUGUUAAGCACAGAGUAUCUCAUGAGACAUUUAUUCGAUGAUGACCAAAAGGAACCCAUUGGUGAAAAGUUUAUGUCUGGCUUCUUUGUUCUCAUUAAGAUAACAGAGAUUGGUAUACCCAGACACUUUCAUUUAAUAGUUUGCGACCCUGAACUAAAUCCAGAACUUAACGUUCCAAGAAGUUCAAACACUUGCUGUCUCAUGUAUGUUGACCAUAUAACAUUACAAGACCUCAUAAAAUAUCAAUGUGUCAAAUGUGAAGUGUUGCAAGGAUACUAUUACGAUGGAAACAGAGAUAUGAGAAUAAGAGAUGAAGUAAAGAAGUUGUUUGAGUUAAGGUUAAAGUAUAAGAAAGAAGGAAACCCCUUACAAGAAAUUAUAAAACUCAUUCUGAACAGCAUUUAUGGCAAAACUAUUCUAUCUCCUAUUGAGUCAAAAAUAACCAUAGUAAAUGACAAAGAUGCUAUAAGAUAUGCUAUAAGAAAUUACAACCAUAUAGUGAAGUUCGAAGGUUUGGAUGGUUCAGAUAAAACUAUUUUCAAGCUAACGAAAAGCAUUUGCAGACACUUUAACUUCUGUCCACUUGGUGUUAAUAUUCUGUCUAUGUCAAAACGUAUUAUGAAUGAAGUAUUCUGUACUGCUGAAGAUAUGGGUCUUCAAAUCUUUUACCAGGAUACCGACAGUAUGCACUUAUAUAAUGAAGACAUACCAAAGCUUGCAGCAGAGUUUAAGAAGAGAUAUGGUCGCGAACUUAUAGGAAAGAACCUUGGUCAAUUUCAUAGCGACUUUGCAGAAAUAACACCUGGAAAACAAAGUUUAGCUUAUAAAAGUAUUUUCUGUGGAAAGAAGACCUACAUAGACUUACUCACUAACGAUUUAAAUGAAGUUGCAUUUCACUGCAGAAUGAAAGGCGUGAAGCAAGAUGUUAUUGCUUUAACCGCUAAUGAAAUGUUUCCUGAAGCUAUACAAUGCUAUUACAAUGAAGAUAAGAACAUUCACAUACCUGUUGGAACAUAUGACAAAGACUCUGAGUUCAGUUUAAUGAAACUUUACAAAGCACUUUAUGAUGGUCAAGAGAUUGCAUUCGACUUAUGUAAGUCAUGUCAACCUUGCUUUGCUGAAAAGUUCAACUUUUCAAUAACGACUAAAACAAGCUUUAUUCGUAAGUUGAAGUUCUGA